GAGGACACUCAAAUAUAAUCAAUCCGCGGUGACGUUGGACGGAGAAGUAGAGCAGGCAAUUGCAAAUAACGACAAUGAGCGGCGCGCCGCUCCUGAAUCCACCGGCGGCGGGGCAGCAACCAAUGGCACAACAAGGAAUUGGCGGCGGCGUCACUCCUCGUCAGCUUGGCCGUGCGGCGACUAAUCCUUCCGUCACUCCACCACGCGUAGGGCCACCUUCCCCGCCGUCUGAUUUUACCAACGAAAGCACUGACGGUGGCAACGACUCGCCGGCCGGUAGCAGAGAUAUAAAUGGAAAAGAACGACAACGCUAUGUGGUGAGAACUGAGGGGCGUUGCUGAGUAUUGGUGGGUGAUCUUAGGAAUUUAGCGGUUUGCGGUUUUGAACUGCAACCGCGCGGUUUCGGUAAACUCGCACCGCAAAACCGAGAACCGCUUAAGAAUUAGACUGCAAAUGAAACCGCAAUCUUAAUGAUGUGGUUUGGACUGACCGCAUAAGCGAUUUGGAGCGGAUCGAGCGGUUUGGACCGCACCAAUGCCCACCCCUAGCGCCUGACUCUUAUGGGGGCGACGCCGGGGUGCUUCCUUGGCGCGGCGAGAUCCGAGUCAUAUACCCAAUAGUUCUAAUCACACUUUACUAAAGGUUCUAUAAGGUCAAUUAAUUUUAUUACUAGACCACAAAUAAUGAAAAUUUUACAUAACAUCAUUCUAUAACAUUUAUAUAAAUUAAAAAUACAUAAGGUAAAUUUAAUGAAUGGGUAGUAUUCAAUUUGUCUAGUACUUCUUCUUUUAGUAAUUUUAUGAAUGGGUAGUAUUCAAUUUGUCUAGCAUUUCUUCUUUUAGUUUCAAUUGAAAAAAAAAACAAUGUGUUUGUUUUAACAUAAGGUUCUAACUUCUAAGGAUUAAAAAUCGUAUCGUACUGAUAGUUCGACCCGAAAACCUCUUACCGGAAGCGAAACAGGUAGGCGGUAUAUAGUGGUAUAAAACGAUUGAACCACGGUUCUAGCAUAAAAUAUCAUACCACUCACUUUUCCAGUACAACCUCUGGUACGGUAUUUCAAACAUUGGUUCUAAACACACGUUACUAAAUGUUCUAUAAGUCAAGUUAAUUUUUACAUAACAUUUUAAUGGGAUACUUUCAAUAACUUGAUUUUAUUACUAGACCACAAAUUAUAAAGAUUAACAUAACAUCAUUCUAUAACACUUACAUAAAUUAACAAUACAUAACGCAAAUUUUAUGAAGGGAUAGUAUUAAAUUUGUUUGGCACUUCUUCUUUUAGUUUCCGUUGAGAAAAAAUCUAUAUGUUUUUGUUUUUACAUAAGGUUCUGACCAAGCAUUGAAAACCGUAUCGAUAGUUCGACCAGUAAAACCUCCUACCAGAAGCGAAACUGGUAGGCGGUAUUUAGCGGUAUGAAACCGUUGGACCACAGAUUUAGCAUAAAAUAUCAUACCGCUCGCUUUUCUAGUAGGACCUCCGAUACGGUAUUUCAAUCAUUGGUUCUAAUCACGCUUUACUAAAGGUUCUAUAAGGUCAAUUAAUUUUUACAGAACAAUUUAAUUUGAUAUUUUCAAUAACUUAAUUUUAUUACUAGACCACAAAUUGUGAAAGAUUUACAUGACAUAAAUUAAAAAUACAUAACGUAAUUUUAUGAAGGGGUAGUUUUAAAUUUGCUUCCCCUUUUUGUAGAGGGUACUAUUCACUAUAUUGUGUUUAUACUCUAAAAUCAAAUUUACUACAAGCUCUUUUCCCUUAUAGUCAGUUGUUUAUGUAAUUUUUUUCUUUUCAUCUCUUACACCCAAUUUCACGAUAAUGUUUUUCUUUUUUACCUUUAGAAAGCUAUCUUGGUACUUUUUCAUUCUUCACCAAAAAUUUUUGUAAUCUACACCUAAUUUUAUCCUAAGUUUUUUUUCCACCGUCGUCUAAUUAUGUAAAUUUUUCAUUUCCACAUAAGCUUUACAUAGUAUCUCGAUACUUUUUCACUGGUGUAAUGUAAAUCAUUCAUAAAUGUAUAACAAUUAUUUUAAUUAAAUGUGUAUCCACUACACAAAAGUAUUGCAUAAACUUUAUAUAAUGAUUACGAUAGCAGAUAGAGUUAUAUUUAUUUCUUAAAUAUCAAUUAAACAAAUGAAUAAUGUAAGAUCUUUCAUAAUGAUUAAGAGAAUAAGUAAAACUUAUACAAGUAUUUUACGAUUUUGUGAAUUUGAUUUCAACCGAAACAUUAAAUGAGUGAAUUAAAUUUUAAAUAUAAUUAAUUUCUUACCGUCGUAAAGCGCGGGCCAAAAACCUAGUGUAUAUACUUAGAUCUGUUUUGGUUAAAGCCUAUAAACCGAACCCGAACGGACACCCCUUAUUGAUCCCAGUAACUUUGGGAAAGAUUCUAAUUGUAGACUAGCUUUUUACCCGGCCCGUUGGCCGGAGAGAUUUAUUUUAUAAUUUAAAUUAAUUAACUUAUUUAUAUGUUUAAAUCAUUUUGGAUCUUCUAAAUAUUUUGAGCUCUUGAUUCAUAAAAGAGUUUGUAGUAUGUCUAUAUUGAAAAUUUCCAAUAUUUAGCACACUCACUUCUGAUGCUUCGGUUUUCUAAUAAUAAAUUAUGCCGUUGUCACGUCCCACUUAUAACUUAUGUCAAAAUUUGUCAACCAAAACACUAACAUUUAGCGUACGCCAACCUGAACCACACACACACUACCAUACGACCAUUGAGUUUUACUAUUUAGACUCCGGAUUUUUUUGGGGCAUGAUACUAUACCCUAACCUCUAACAGGUGAACUCUAAUCCCUAAUUCUCUAACCUCUAAUUUAUGCAAAUACUUUGUGAUACCUAUCUUCUAUCGUAUCUUGAGAAAAAUGAAAAGAUAGUAUACCUUGAUAUUAUAUAUAUGGUGACUACUUCGGUGCACUCACUUUUUUGGAUGCACUUAGUGCACCCAAGCGUUCAUAAGACAUCAAAUUUUGAACUUUAAGUAGUACUCUCAAUAUUAUAUGAUGAUUACCCUAACCCCUUAACCUUCAAUUUUGAAUCCCAACCCAAAAUCCCAAAUUGUAAACCUAAACCCUAACCCUAAAUUCCUAAAUCCUUCCAAUUAAGUAAAAUUUGAAUGAAUUUUUUUCAAAUUCAUGUGCUUCUUGUUCAUAAUAUCAUAAGCAACAAUUGAUACCGUUUUGACAUGAAUCUCAUGGUCAGAAUGACGAUUAUGAGGCGGGUGCAUUGAGUGCACCCGAAAAAGUGGGUGCACCGAAUACGCCACCACAUAUAUAUAUAUAUAUAUGUGUGUGUGUGUGUGUGUGUGUGUGUGUGUGUGUGUAGUAGACUCAAAAUUAUCCAGAUACUUCGCCAGACCUAUCUUAUCUCGCCUAAUACUCAUAUUAAAAGUGCUACUCGCCUAUCCCCCACCCUAGGGAUAAAGAUCCCGCUUUUACCCCAUAAUGUCAGACAACCAUUGAGGUUGUCUAUCGUUUGAUGUGUAAUAUAUAAAGAGGGAAAUUCUAAGAUAAUGCUAUUUAUUUCUUAUCCUCUCCCGCCGGCCCCCUUUAUGGAGAAUAAAAGGGUAGGGAUGAAAGGAUCAUAGCUCGAUAUGGUUUUAUUCUGUUAAUCGUAUCGGAGGUUAUGUUUUUUUUUUAACUUCUUUUCAUUCUUCUUUGACACCUAUGGUUGUGAUCAGAGGUAUUUAGCCCCCGAAAGGGAUUGAGAUUUUAGGUCCUUUGGAAAUCCAAUACACAUUGAUGAUCCUCAAGUUUGGACGAACUCUUGACCAAUGUUGUAAAGAUUAGGGCUUUUUAAUGAGACAUUCUUAGUAAAGAUACUUCAUUAUU